GGGAGAGGUGUCCCUGCAGGGCUGCAGUGGGAUGGGAUUUAGGGUCCCUUCUCACCCAAACCAUUCCAUGAUCCCAUGCUCUGUGCAGUUUCACAGGAAUCACUCAGGAUGCUGUGGACAUGGAUUCAGCAUUCCCAGACUCCUGUUUCACUGCCUUUACCUGCUAUUCCUCCUGUUUCCAGCUGACACAUGGUGAUCCUUACACAUAAAAUCAGAAUUAAUACAGCAAAAUUCACAAUUUGUUCAAAUGGCCUCCCUAAAUCAGGUUAAUUGGCUGUGAUCAGAGCCAGGCUCAUUCCUGGCCCCACCUGAGGUAAGCAGCUCCACCUGGGAUCACUCAAGCUGAAUUUAAGCAGGAAAGAAGCCCAGCAGCCUCUUCCAGAGGGCUGGAAAUGGUUUCUGUUCUUGUUCCAGAGGCUCUUGCAGAGACAGAGAAGGCAGCAGCAGUUUGGUAUUUCUGUGGGGAGGGAAAUGUGUUAGCUGGAGAACCCCUGCUGUUCUCCUGCACCAGGAAACUUGCAGAGACUGAAGGGAGCUCCAAGGCCUGGAGAACCAACUCCACAGCAGCUCCAAAGGAUUUGUUCCUGGGACACUGCCAGGAGGAUUUUAAUGUAACCCAGUCAGAGGACACACAGACAGGACUCCAGUUUUGGUACUGGGAGCAGUGGAAGCUGAGACACUUCAAAGAUUUUGAGAUCCCUGCCCCGUGAAACCACCUGUGCCGUGUGAGAUGUGUGAGGAAAUGUUCCUUAAGCCGAGAAUCUCAGUCCUGAAGUUUAUCGUCACUGCUUUGUGAGAUUCAAGGAGACCUUCAGAAGUUUAAAAUGGAAAAAAACAACUUGAAAGGAAAUGCAGAAGCCGUGGAUAUUUGUGACCUCAGAAAAGCAACUGAAAGGACUGAACUUGGGCUGAGAAAACAUGCUGAGAAUUAUUUAAAUGUUAUAAGCAGCCAAGAGUUAACUCUUUCUUCAGCUGGUAAUAAAGAAGUGAAUUCCAAAGAGCCCCUUAAGUGGAAUUUUCCUCUUGGUGCCUGUCAGGAGCAGCUGGUUCUGCCUCCAGUCGAGCCUGUGACUGUGCAGAGGUGCAGCAGAUCAGCUCUACAUCUGUGCCAGGGCCCCCAGCAGCAGUUGGAAAUGGAUUUUAAAAUUAUUCUUGACCCAGAGAACACAGAUAAUAAAGCUGGUUUAAAACAUCCCAAUGAGGAGACCAGGCUGCCACUUAUAACUAAGAAAAAAUCUGCUCCUAUGUGCAGGCAGAAAGGUCCCACAGUCACCAGCCCCUGGCCUUUGCCUGCCUGUCACUCCCUGGGCUCUGCCUCACCCCUGGCAGGAGGAGGCAUCCCAAAAGGUGCCCUGAGCCUCAGUGGCCAAAGGCUCAUCCUUCCAGCAGCAAGGAGAACCCUGCCAGCCCCUCCUGGUGUGUCCAGAGCAGCACCUUGUCCUGAGUUCCCCAGGCAGCACAAGGAACCAGCUGUGGGAGAGAUCAGGCUGGUCCCUGAGAACACAGACACCAUCACCUUCCCAAAGGCAAAGGAAGCAAUUUAUGGCACACACUCCUCUGCUAAAGGGAGCAUUGCACCCCUCCCAUCCAGCAAUUCCAUGGUUUCAACAAGGAAAUCAAAGCCAGAGUGGAGAUCUCCAGCUCAGCAGUUGGAAUCUGAGGGGCACAUUCCCUCUCAGACACAGCCCCCACAAACAGCUCAGCCCUUCCAGGAUCCCUGCUUGGACUGGGACCCUGCUGUUCACCAGAAAGCUCCAGGUUUCCUGGCACUCCAACACCACCAUCAUUCCUCUUGUGAGGGGAGCAUUGUGGGGAUUUUGGAACCCACAGAAAAGCUCCUCGAAGACCGCAAUGGCCAAAAAUCAGCACAACUCACCUCAGAGCUGGAUUUUAAAGAGAGCCCCGCCAAAAGUGCUGUUGUGUCAGUGAAGAAGAAGCAGGCAGCUGUGGAAAAGCUCCCAGAGCAGGCUGGCCAGAGCAGCAGGGGCAGUGCAGGGGCUGCAGCAGGCAGCAGUGGGCAGCAGCACAGGGCAGCAGCUGUGAUCUGGGACUCCUGGCUGAGCAGCACCCUGGGGGAGGCUCAGCACAGACACCUGCAGAAUUUCUACAGCAGGGCCAAGCAUCUGGCAGCCAACUGGAAUCGCAUCAGGACCUCCAGGAGGACUAUUAUCCAUAUCCCAUCAUUAGGAUAUUCCCAAGACAUCCGUGAGCACAUCCCUGAUCUUGCUCUCCAGCAGAACCUGCAGAUGGGGAGGCUCUGUGACAUCCUGGAUGCCAACGUGGACGUCAUCUACAUCUGCCCCCUUGCUCUGAGUGAGGAGGUGCUGCAGUAUUACAAUAAACUCCUGGGUCUGCAGGCAGCUGUUAGAUCUGGGAACCCUGAGGACAUGGCUGACCUGCAGGACAGGUUCAAAAUUCUCACCCCUGAAGCUAUAAACAGCUUCCCUGAGCAUCACAUGUGCCUGGCCACUGUGCUGAGGUACAGCCCCAGGACCCUGCAGAGGCUGCAGGCUCUGCUGCAGGGCAGGGAUGCCUACGUGGUUGGGGGGGUUCCCCACCUGGAUGAUUUGGCUGUGGCUGAUGAGCUCCAGGUGCCAGUUUUGGGCUCAGAGCCAGCAGUGGCUCAGCUCUACAGCACCAAGUCUGGCAGCAAGAGAAUCUUUGCCAGUGCUGGGGUGCCAACCCCUCCUGGAGAGUGGGACAUCCACAGCAGGGAGCAGCUGCUCCGCGCUCUCAGCCAGCUCGUCCUGGACAAUUUGGAAGUGCAGCGCUGGCUCUUCAAGGUGGACGGUGAGCGGGGAGGAGAUGGCACUGCCUUCUGUGACGUCAUUUGUCACCUGGAAUGUUAUCCCUGCAUCCAGAGGGAAUGGCAGGGACACGGCCCCGACCUGGGCAGGGACAGCCAGGCUCGUGAGCUAGCUUUGGUGAAGAUCUCCCAGGAGCUGCCGGGCCUUUUAGCACAGCACGUACAGCCAGUCAAUGAGAAACGAUUCCCUACAUGGGAAAAAUUCCUCCAAACAUUUCUUACUCAAGGUGGGGUGAUCGAAGCCUUCCCGUUCUCGGCCAGCGUCACCAACCUGACCGUGGAUGUGCUGAUAGAGCCAACAGGGCAGGUGACACUGCUGUCAUCUGGGGACCAGCUCCACGCUGAGGGGCCCCUCAGAUCCUCUGGCACCACCAUCCCACAGCGUUCUGUGGAUCCAGAGCUCCUUCAAGGUCUCUGCUUGAGAAUUGGGGAGGCCUGUAAAUCCAAAGGAGUGCUUGGCUACUUCUCCGUGGACUUUGUGGCUUUCACCCAUCCCCAGACCAGGAAGCAGCAGGUGUGGGCAACAGACCUUGACCUCUGCUACAGUGACCAGCUGGCCCUGACUCAGCUCCUCUUGUACAUGACAGAUGGAAAUCUGGAUUGUGGCUCCAGCCCCCUGCAAGGACCUCUGGGGUCAAAGGGAAGCAAAACUCAACGGGUCCAGCACGAGGGGACAAAACCUCCUGGCCCCAGCAGCCCCCUGUGUGCCGUGGCCAGCAGCCAGCUGAGGCACUCCAGCCUGGCAGGGAUCUCCUACAACCUCCUCCUCCACACCUGCAAAGCUCGUGGGGUUGGAUUUGACCUCCAGGAAAAACAGGGAACAGUUUUUGUGUUGUAUGAAGACCAGAAGCGACACAGACUGGGAAUGGUAACAAUCGGGGAGGAUCUCCAGGGGGUCCUCCUGACCUUUGCUCGCAAUCUCUUCAUCAUCCAUCAAGAAAUAUCAGCACCUAAUAUGCAAGGCGAGACCAAUUUUAAGAUGGCAAUUCGAGAUAUUGAAGCAAUUCUAGGAGUUACAGCAGAAAACAAACUGAGAUUGGAAGAAGAGCAACCUUGGGAAGCAGAUGCUCUGAAAGAAUAGUUAACAGAAAAUGUUCAAGUGCCUCAUUCCUUAUGCUUCUGUAAGAACAGGUUUGGUUUUCCUUCUGAGCUGGUGUAACAUGAAGUGAGACAGAAGAUCUCUCAUGCCUGGCUGUGGCAUUGGGAACAUCCCACCUUCCUUGCUGAAAAGCACAGGAUCAUCCUAAUGCUCCUCAUGUCCCUCUCGUCAUUCCUGAAGUUCAGCAGUUAAAAAUCUUAUUAAUGGGGUUGUGCUGCCUUUGUCACUGACUCAGAGCAGAGCCCUGAGAGCCCAAAUUCCAACAGGCUGAAAUCCUGAGCACUGAAAGGCUGCUGGCAUGAGGUGAGAUUUAAGGUCCUUUCCAACCCAAACCAUACUCUUCCAUAGUUCUUUUGCCUAUAAAUCCUUAAUUUAAACCCCACUUUAUCAAUAAUCCCAGCAGCCCCCAUUCUCCUGCAGAACCAUCUCUAUUGUUAUGGUGCUUUUUCUAUUAUCUAAAGACUUUUGCAGCAGUUCUUCUAUGGUCAUUUUCAAAUUAUCAAAAAGAACAGUAAUAGCACUAAUUCAUCAUUAGAAUUCUGCUUGCACUAUGAUUCCCAGAUUUCCAUGACUUUUGCAGGUCUGUCCAUCUGUAUUUUGGAUAUUGGUGACUCUUCUUGUCACAAUUGCUGUGCACUGUUGUUAAAGGAUAAUAUUAUAUUUGUAAAAUUAUCUUUCUCCAUCGUAUCUUUAAUAUCCCAAAAGACACUUCCACAUUUUACUACGGAAGAGCAGAUCUCAUUGAAUGGAGACUGUUAUCCUAGGAGUGCCAAGUAUUAUUGGAAUUACUUCCCAAAAAAGCUCAGCAAAAUCAGUUUUAACACAAAUACUAAAUGAGGCCAUGAAGUUGCACAAGAUCAGCACCCAAUUUUUCUGAUAGCAAUUCUUUGAUCCCUCAGCAUGAGACAUUAUCUUUUGUGGAGCUUUUUCCUCUUCUACCUUGGUCACAGAAUGAAUUCAUUGCAGAUGAAAACAUUUGCCUAAAUACUGAUUCCUGCUUCAAAUAAAA